UUCAGAACCCACUAUUAGACUAUACCGAUGGUGAAUAGAUGGGAAAUUGUGCAUAACCAAAAUGACGUCGAAAGCCCAAACCCAUUAUAACAUGUGAAAUCAUCAAUUAUUCCAUUUGCUUCAACACCAAUCGAUACUAGAGGGAGGAGAAAGAGAUCUCUCCAUUCAACUCCAAAACUCAAAAUUGUCAGAUCCAAAUAGUAAAGACAAUGUCGACCUUUUCCGGAGAUGAAACUGCUCCCUUCUUCGGCUUCCUUGGCGCCGCUGCUGCCCUUGUCUUCUCUUGUAUGGGGGCAGCUUAUGGAACAGCGAAGAGUGGUGUUGGAGUGGCGUCAAUGGGAGUGAUGAGACCGGAGUUGGUGAUGAAAUCAAUUGUGCCAGUGGUUAUGGCUGGUGUAUUAGGUAUUUAUGGCUUGAUUAUUGCUGUGAUCAUCAGUACCGGGAUUAACCCCAAAACAAAGUCGUAUUACCUAUUUGAUGGCUAUGCUCAUCUCUCAUCUGGACUUGCUUGUGGUCUUGCUGGCCUUUCUGCUGGAAUGGCUAUUGGUAUUGUUGGAGAUGCUGGUGUUAGGGCUAAUGCACAACAACCCAAGCUUUUUGUUGGGAUGAUCCUCAUUCUCAUUUUUGCUGAAGCCUUAGCUCUUUAUGGGCUUAUUGUUGGCAUUAUCUUGUCUUCUCGAGCUGGGCAGUCUAGAGCUGAGUGAGUUAACCCCAUUCCUACCGCACUGUAUGUGAGACUUUUAGAAGACCAAGGCUGCAAAAGCCUAAAGUUGAAAAGUAUCUAUUACGGGUAUUGUUAUUCAUGACGCCACAACUGCCACUUUAAUCCAUUGGUGCUGUCCUGUUUGUAGAAGUAGGAGUCCAAUUUUUUCUACUUAAUAAUAGCUUAAAGAGCUAUGCAAUUUGGUCAGUAUUUAUUGUGUGUUUUGUACUCAUUAUUUGUGAACAGUCCGAGGACUAUUUCUUUUCUAAGAUUCGUGCAUGUCUGAUCUUUUCAUUUAGUAUAUCAUAUUUACUGUGCGGUUAUGUGGUUGA